AUGAAUUCUGACGUGCACCGUCACCAGGCGCACCCGCCAUUGGCACAGCACGGAGUGCACGGGGGCACGCAGGGCGUGGGCCCCUGUGGCUGGUACUCGGCAUCAGCCGCUCCGGCGCCUACGGCACCAGCGCGCCUCAAACGGGCUCAACUUCCUCAUCAACUGCCAUGUGGAAUUAGUGUGAGCGGCAGUAAUGGGCCACACGCGCCUCUCUCGCCCACCGCAUUGCAGAAUACCAUUCCACAUAAUAUUGUAAUGUCGUCAUCGGUAAGGACUCCUGCACCGACCGGACCUCCACCUUCCGCCAUGCACACUUCGCAAACUACACCUGCUGUGACGAAAGGUCCUAGCGAUGUGCUGGUGAACUCAUCAGCCGUCAACCCACCGCCUGCCGUCAACCGACUCGUAAACAUGAAUCAGUGGCCAUGGCACCAUGGCGCAAUAUCUCGCGACCGGGCCGAGGCGCUGCUGUCUGGUUCAUCAGAUGGCGUAUUCCUCGUACGAGAAAGCACAAAUUUCCCUGGAGACCACACGCUAUGUGUCCGCUUCCGGGGACGAGUCGAACACUAUCGAGUGAAAUGGGCAACAGCACCGGAUAAUCAAAAUCAACGUCUCACCAUUGACGAUGAAGAGUUCUUUGACAAUAUGACUGAUUUAAUUCGUCACUACCAACAAGACGCUGAUGGCUUGUGUACCAAGUUAGUGCGGUGCUUGCCGAAAGCGUCUCCGAACGGUGCCAAUAACAACGGCGUGUUGCAACCGCAGUACCCACCACACCCACAGCAACCACCGCCGUACCCCCCAACCCCGAGUGUAUCAAGCGCUCUAAACUCAGGUCACUUCCAACACACGUACUCUUCGCAAAUACCGUCCGCAGACCAAACCGAUAGUGCGACGAAUUUCGUUGACGCACGUUGGAAAAUAGAUGAGCGUGAUCUCGAAAUACGCGAAAACAUAGGCAAAGGCGAGUUUGGUGAUGUCAUGUUAGGUAUUCUAAACGGCUCGCAAAAAGUAGCAGUCAAGAUAUUGAAGGAUCGGGAGGCUGCCAGCAAAUUCAGGGCCGAAGCAAGCGUUAUGGCGUCGUUGAAGCACGACAACUUGGUGCGGUUGUUGGGGCUGGUGUUCUCGUCGUCGGGCAACACGUGUAUCGUAACCGAGCACUGCGCGCAGGGCUCACUGUUGGACUACCUGCGAUCGCGGGGCAGGCAUUAUGUCACACAACUCAACCAGAUCAACUUUGCAUACGACGCUUGCUGCGGCAUGGAGUACCUGGAGCGCAUGCGCGUGGUGCACCGCGACCUGGCGGCGCGCAACGUGCUGAUCUCGGGCGAGGGCGUGGCCAAGGUGGCCGACUUCGGCCUGGCGCGCCACGACGCCUCGCUCGACGACCCCGCCGAGCUGUCGCGCCUGCAGGCCAAGCUGCCCAUCAAGUGGACCGCGCCCGAGGCGCUCAAGUACAACAAAUUCUCAAACAAGUCUGACAUGUGGAGUUUUGGCAUUCUUCUGUGGGAGAUAUACUCUUUCGGAAGAGUCCCCUAUCCGAGAAUCCCGCUGGCGGAGGUGGUGCGGCACGUGGAGCGCGGGUACCGCAUGGAGGCGCCGGAGGGCUGCCCGGCCGGGCCCUACGAGGUCAUGCGCGCGGCGUGGCACGCCGACCCCGCGCAGCGCCCCAGCUUCGCGCACACGCGCCUGCGCCUCGCCGCCAUCCGCGACCUGGCGCACCACAACCCGCACCCCGCCCCACCGCACCAGUGA